UCCCUCUGACUCUUAGUUUGGUUUUUCCAGUUGUGUUUAACCUUCCAGAGUUUCCUUGUGACUUUUCCCUCAUUUGUGUCCUUGAAUUUUUCUGGUGGAUGUUUCACCCUGGGCUCUGUUAAAGUAAGCCUUAUGUUUUGGCUGUUUGGGCUUUCUGUUUAAUGAAGCGUAGUCUGCAACUGGGACCUUAAAUGUUCACACAUUUUCAUGGAAAGAUAAAACUAGUAGAGCUUCAGGAUUCCCAGACAGAUCAUUUGAACGCACCAUGAAUUGAACUGGCACGCUAUUGGUGGUGUUUGAUAAAAGGCGUGGCUCAACUGUGCCCUACGCUCAGCGAUUGGCUAGGAGGCGCUUGAUGUAAUACGGAAGUAAUCGAGCUCCACAGCGUGCAUGAUCGAAGCCUCACAUUCAAAAUAUGGAAGAAAAUAAUGAUGAAGGUAGCUUGGCUCAGGUCCGUCAUGUUGUCUUGGUUCUGUCAGGAAAAGGAGGAGUGGGAAAGAGCACCAUCACCACAGAGUUAGCUCUGGCUCUCAGACAUGCUGGCAAGAAGGUUGGCAUCCUGGACGUUGACCUGUGUGGUCCCAGUAUCCCCCGCAUGCUGAGUGUGGGACGGCCUGAUGUGCAUCAGUGUGACUCAGGGUGGGUACCUGUCUACACAGAUGCAGAAAAAAGCCUUGCCCUCAUGUCAAUCGGCUUCCUGAUGGAUGACCCAGAUGAAGCAGUCAUAUGGAGGGGGCCUAAGAAAACAGCUCUGAUUGGCCAGUUUGUGUCAGAUGUGGCAUGGGGAGAGCUGGAUGUGCUGCUGGUUGACACACCACCAGGGACAUCUGAUGAACACUUGGCAGUACUGCAAAACCUUAAAAAACACAGAGUGGAUGGAGCCGUUUUGGUCACCACGCCUCAGGCAGUGUCGACGGGGGACGUGAGGAGAGAGAUAACCUUCUGUAAGAAGACGGGUGUACGAAUCCUGGGAAUCAUCGAGAACAUGAGCGGCUUUGUUUGUCCUCACUGCUCAGAAUGUAGCAACAUAUUCUCAAAGGGUGGCGGUGAAGAGUUAGCCAAGCUGACUGGAUCAGUAUUCCUGGGCUCCGUGCCCUUGGAUCCUCUGCUUAGCUCCAGCAUAGAAGAGGGCAAAGACUUCCUACAGUCAUUUCCCGACAGUGCCACCUUCAGUGCUAUCUGCAGUAUUUCUCAGACUCUGCUGACCAGCCUCCAAACUGCUUGAGUCAUACAUGUAUUCUGAGUGUAAAGACAGAAAUAACAGCUUUUGUGUUGAAUAUAUUUCCUGUAAAUGUAUCCUAAAAAGCUUUUUACUGAUUAUCUUGUUUAACAUCUCGUUAUUUCAAAUCUACAAACAGUACACUGCAGGCUUUGUUAUCUCAGUGCUGCAGUUCUGGAGGGUAACCACAGUGUGAAGAUAAUCAUGUCUCAACACAAAGUGAUGAAUACUGUGAAACAGACACUAACUACUGUUUAUACAGCUAAUUUAGGCCCAUCAUUUUGUAAUGAUAUUUUCAAGUCAAGCGACUUAUGUCUGUGAAAUAUACAGUGCUGAAAACA